UGGUCUCGUACAAGCAUGACAUGGGUUGGUGGUGGCGAUGGUUGAGACUUUCUCCCACAACCGAUCUUCAAACAUAUAAAAUUCCAGAAGUACCGGCUCCGUACCAAUGAGUGAGCGAGAGAGCGAGUAAGAGCUUCCUCCGCGCCCUCUCUCUCUUUUCUUGUGGGGCUCUCGUUGUGUAGUCGUGGGGGCCUCGUCCCUCCAAAGCGGAAGCAUUUAAAACGUUUAAAAGCCAGCCCGCGAAUAUAAUAACAUCGCUUUGAGGCUACCCGCGUGGCGCACUUCGAGUGCCUUAAAUCAAUUCCUUCUUGCUCGACGGAUUCCGCGCUCUACGAUUUUCUUGCCCCAGAUCUGAGAUCGCCAUUGUAUCAGUCCCCGAUCUUCAUGCUCCUGAGGCCGUAUUCGAGGUCUGCAUCUGGGGGGCCUCUCUCGGGAACACUUGUUAUUCUUCCCUCGCCAUCCGCACGAGAACAACUAAGUACUGUAUUUCCAAUUCUGCACACGCAUGAGAACCCAAACACGCAAACAUCUUUCCUCUUGGGGGAGAGAGAGAAAUCGAUCGAGAUGGAUGGAUGGGUGUAUGCAAAUACGGACACUGCCCACGUACUGCAAGCGUAAAAGCUGGGAUGAACCCGAAGCGCGGCAGAGCCUACAGCUCGUCAGGGUCAGCCCAGUGCACGGCCCCUUGUCCUCGACCAACACUCAUGAAGCUGGCUCGAGACGCUCGAGACGCCUUGGGUCGCCUGUACCGGGCGGUCCUUUGCAUGCGCCCGGAUCGGUGAGAUUUUCGAGUACCGUUGAAUUGAAGAAGAUGGCAUAUCUUUGUGGGACUAGUCCCAGAAGCAAGGAAAGGUGACGACGACCGCGACGAAGGAACGAGCGAUGGAGGACGUGUAUCCCUCGCUCGCACGCCCUCGCUCGCUCGAUCCGUAGCUCCGGCCCUCGGAGAUGCGGUCUUGGUUGUACAUUGUACAUUACUGAGCAGCGCUGGCCAUGCAGCGAUGCGCAGCAGCAGUACUGUAGGGCAUGUUUAGAGCUGCUUGAAUGUCAGUCUGAUCCGAUGCUUAUUUUGUCAAGAACACACAUGCUCCGGAUACUCGGAGGGUGCCGAAAAGGCUUCUUUAUCUACGUACGAGAAGGUUGGGAAAGCGCUGGCCGGGUGUCUUUUGCCAUGAACGACGAUUCGAUCCGAUGAUGGGGGAGAGAGCGACUUGGUCCGGAAGUUAAGAAAGAAUUCAGCGUGUCCUAGUCAAGGCUAGCAGACACCCCGACCCCUAAAUUCGUUCGCCUUGCUCAUGAACGGGGACGAGGAGGACGAGGGACGAACCGUAUGGUGUGGUGGGGUGUGGGAGGUAGGGUAUUAGCAUCAAUGCCAAGACGGGUGGUGUGGAUAACCUUUCGUCUCUAUUCACGACAAGUUUCUCGAAUUUAUCAUUGAGGCCAUUGAAUUAAUGCCGACGUUGGGCGCAAAACUGGCACGCUUUGAUAGUGGGGCAUCUUUUGAAUCUGGGCUGUUGAUGAAGAAGUGAUAUGAUGCGAGGUGAUGAGGUUGAGAUAAGAUGCAGUUAGUUGACGGGACAAGGAACGAACCUGAGCGAAUUUCGGAUAUGCCUUUUUGUAUGGGAUGUGGGAUUUUCACGAACACAAACAGGAACUUUGCAACUGCUCCAUCAUUUUGCAUGUUUAUGGCGUGUGUCAAAGAAUCUACCUCUCGUUGACGAGUGACCUCCUCGCAACUACAAUGAUGGUCACUUCUUGUGUGCUGAUUGAGGUAACAAAAGAAUCUUGACGGAGAUGAAUGAACAAGAACAAGAACGAGAGUAACAACUCCAGCUUUAUACAAGUUGAUGGGGUGCCAUCGAGAAUCUUCACAGUUUCCAUUUACAACUUAAGUUCAAGUUUAUGGGGAGUGAUGCUUGAGCCGAAAAGAGGAAUCUCAUGGACCAGAUUUCAAUCUCAUCCCCUUGUAAAGCAGAGAGCAGUUAGCAGUGAUGCUGCUGGCUCUCUCGCUCGGUUGCUUGACCCUAAAAUAGUGCUGCUUGACCCCUGCUCUUAGAUCAGCUUAAUCGCUUUCUUUCAGGUGCUUCUGAGAGAAGGGGACAUUAGGGAGGAGUGUGAUGAUGCGUCCCUCUUCAAGAUAGCUCUUGGAUUCAGCCACAAGUCACCAAUGCCUUCUUGACCUUAUUCACAAAGAUAUCAGGAUCCUGGAGCUGAUCUCAUGUAGGGUAAAAGACGAUCGAAAAAGGUUGAGCGAGCGUGAGAAACGACUUCGUCGAGACAAGUUCAGCUGUUCUGAGCGUACUUGGAACUCGAGGAGGACAAAGUAGAGGAGAAGGUUGAGGAGGUGCUUAUCCAAACAAGCAGCGGAAGCUCUACAGUUCCAUGUGCCCUGGAGAACACUUCAGACCAAAACUUGUGAUUCUUCUUCCGCUUCAAAUAGCCGAGACUACCUCGGAUCAACUACAUUGCUGGCUGGUGUUGAACACUUGUUCUCACUAUGGGAAACCAAAGGAGGAUCAUGACAAAGAGAUCAUGUUUAUAUAGAAUAUAUGAGCCGACAGUCUACCCUACAUAUUCACCAGAUGGUUCGACAUACCCCCUCAGCGGUGUACAUGCUUUAGCAUAUUGCCUUCGGGCAAGAUAAACUGGUGGGGAAGAGAUUCAUCAAGCAGCGUGUGUUGCUUCAGGUGACACCUGAUCAAACAAGUCAGUUAUGAUGUGCUGUUUCUUCUGCAUGAGUCGAUGGCGACUCGUGAUUGCGCUUCAAGAGACUCAAGCUCAGAAUCAAGCUAAUAACAGUCUACACCCUAAAAAAGUAGAAGGUAGUAUAGUAUAGUAGAUUUUUAAAUUUGACUUCGCUUUCUCGUUCCCAGCUACUGCAUGCUUCUGGAGGAAGAUAGACGGGUAUCUCCGAACAAGCAGUGGUUGCUUUAUACCAUUGAGACGUGAUCGAUCGAACAAGCCAUGCUUUCCUCUGCUCCGCACUGCUGCAUGAGCGAGAUUUAUGGAUUUUGGAUUUUCAGAAAACCCAACCGGCUUUGAAAACAAAAUGCAAAUAGUGUAGAAAAUGCAUAGAUAUAUACAUCAAUAGGCACUUGGACUUAUGCAAGUAGGUAGGAGUUGGUUUAUAGCGAGAAAAGAAUAAGAAUUGGGCAAAGGCAAGGCAGGGGCAGGGAGACCUACUACAACCCAUUCCAUGGCAUAGCUUAGAAGUGAAGCCAUGCAGAAGGAGGAGAAGAAGUCUGCUAACAUACCUGGAAAGAAAAGGAAUGAGGUGAGGUGGAGAUGUUGAGCAAAGCAAAAGGGUUGUAGUUGUAUGUACAUAAAAAAGUAGUUGCGAAGAAGCAACAACAAGAGGAGGAAAAGCAAAGGCAAAAGAAGAAAAGAGAAUGUUUGAAAUCGUGUGAGUGAAUGAGUGACUGAUUGAUCAUCGAGAGUUCCUACCGAAAAGGCACUCACUCAACCUCUUCCACAGUUGGAAGCUCCAGUGAAUAGCAGAAAAGAACCCAGGAUCUCAAUUGGUGAGGCAGAGAUAGAUAGAUAGUUACAUUGAUGGCCGGAUCGAUGGAUCGAUACAUCUAUCAUUCCAAAGAUUAAUAGAUAGAGUAAAAUAAAAGGGAAUGUCGUCUGCUUUGGGUCUUUCUUUCUCCAUCUCUCUGCACACAGUAUCUUACCUUCAAGUGGGUUGGGGUGGGGUUGCAGUGAUGCACCUGGGUUUCAAACCCACCUCACCGGAUAUCAAAUCAUGAGUCUCGAAAGCAGAAAGGCAGAUGUUUUGCUGUACUUCGUUCCGCUUUCCAUACUCCUUCACCAGACUAGCUGAGGCGAGUGUGUAGUAACCACCCAACCACCAACCAACUUG